CUGCCUUCGCCGACCUGCCGCCUGGACGCUGCUUCAGUGCAACAAUGCGCACCCUCGUCGGCACGGCCGCGCUCACGACUGCUGCCGUGGGUCGCUCCACGAUCCCGUCCGCCGGCGCGCUCAAGCCGUGGGGCGCGAGCGAGCGCGACGAGUGGCGGACCUCUCGCAAGGUCGUCCGCUCCUACCGCGAGGAGGUGCUGACCAAGCUCGAGCCGCUGGCGGAGUGGUGGGAGGUCGAGAAGUACGGCGCGCUCUCGCAGGACCCGGAGCGCUUCCCGCUCUACUCGGUCCGCAGUCGCCGCUGGGAGGCGAGCCGUCCGAGCGUGCUCAUCACGGGAGGAGUGCACGGCUACGAGACGUCGGGCGUGCAAGGCGCACUGCUCUUCCUCCAGAGCGCGGCCGCCGCGUACAGCGAGAGCUUCAACCUGCUCGUCGUCCCGUGCGUGAGCCCGUGGGGCUACGAGACGAUCCAGCGCUGGAACGCGCAGGCGGUCGACCCGAACCGCAGCUUCAACCCGCGGGGCGAGGUUGUGGCCGGCCGGUCCUUCAACCCCGAGGCGGCCACGGAGGAGUCUGCGGCCCUUCUCUCGCACCUCGAGGCGCUCGGAGGAAGGGACGGCCGAUUCCUGUGCCACAUCGACUUGCACGAGACGACGGACACCGAUGAGUCCGAGUUCCGGCCGGCUAAGGCGGCGCGCGACGGCGUCGCAUUUGAGCCCGGUACCAUUCCAGACGGGUUCUACCUCGUCGCCGACGUGACCAACCCGCGGCUCGACUGGCACGCCGCUAUCAUCGACGCCGUGAGGCGGGUGACGCACAUCGCGCCCGCCGACCCGGACGGCACAAUCAUCGGCGAGCCGGUGCUCCAGGAGGGCGUGAUUGGCAUCCCUUCACCACGCAGCCUCGGCCUCUGCGCCGGCGCGACCCGCCCGCCGUACGCGACGACGACGGAGGUGUACCCCGACUCUCCGAAGGCGGACGCCGACAUCUGCAACCGCGCGCAGGUCGCCGCCAUCACCUCCGCCCUCGACUUCCUCCUGGCGGAGCGGCGCGCCGGCGGCGGCGCGGGAGGGGCGGCGGCGAAGGCUGAGCUUUAGGCGCAGGGUGGGCGGUAAGUCGCUCUCUCCGUACAUGUCUAGUGGCAGCCAGCACGCAGCAGCUUUAUUAUUUCAGUUUUGGAGAUUUAUUUGGGCG